CACAUCCAAACUCCCGAGUCCCUCUCGUCUUCCUCUCGACGACCACCUGUGCUUCUGCAUCGCGAGCGGGCGAGCCGACCAGACACCAUGGACUCCAGCGGCAACAUCGAUGACUUCAGCCUUCAGCUCAUCCAUGAGCUGCUGCUCGGGCCCGACGCGUGCCUUCCGGUAGCUCAGGAACAUGGCGCCGCGUACGCCGAGCAGCAGGGGUUCCAGCCCGCGGCGGCGUUCUUGCACCAGCAGCAGCCGACGAUGCUGGCUGGGUACAUGGACCUGGGAAAUGAUCAGUAUAUGGGUGUUGCUGCUGGCGAGGCGGCGUUCCGGGCGGCGGGGGAGCCGGUGAUGAUACGGUUCGGGGGCGAGCCGUCCCCGGUGUCGGACCCCCGGAGGCCGCCCCGUACGAUCACGCUGCCUCCGACGUCGCACGCCUGGGCUGGCGCGGCGGAGGCGGCGGCAGCGGCGGCGGCGCACCCUGCUCUGCUGCAGGCACAGGCGGCCGCAGACCCGAACGAUUUCCGGAAGUACCGCGGCGUGCGGCAGCGGCCGUGGGGCAAGUUCGCGGCGGAGAUCCGCGACCCCAAGAAGCGCGGCUCGCGGGUGUGGCUCGGCACGUACGACACGGCCAUCGAGGCGGCGCGCGCCUACGACCGCGCCGCCUUCCGGAUGCGCGGCGCUAAGGCCAUCCUCAACUUCCCCAACGAGGUGGGCUCCCGCGGCGCCGACUUCCUGGCCCCGCCGCCGCCGCCACCCCACGGCAAGCGGAAGCGCCACGAGACGGCGGCCGACCCGGACGUCGAGGUGAUCGGGGACGGGGAUUCCUCAAAAUCCGUCAAGACCGAGGCGUACCCAUCACCAGCCAACUCUUCCCUGGCGUCAACAACGACAACCUCAACAGUGACAUCAUCCUCGACGUCGCCCUCCCCCUCGUCGGAGGCAGCCGCCAGCGGCGGCGGCGGCGAGCUGUUCGUCCCGCUGACGCCGUCGAGCUGGGCAUGGGAGCAGUGGGAAUGCUUCUUCGGCAGCCUCUCGCCGCUCUCGCCGCACCCGCAAAUGGGUUUUCCGGAGGUCACCGUGAGCUAAUCAAGCCGCUAAAUGAUCUCCUAAAAACAUGAUUAAUUAGGAUCAGCACGGCAAUUAACAAAGUGGCUUCUAGCUCUCGACGGCCUUCUGCUUUGGACACGUCUCAGGGAUUGGCUUGGAGCAGUAUACUGUUGUACAGAGAAAGAAAAGAUAGUAUAAUUAGCGCAUGCAUGUGACGGGUGAAUAUAUGCAUCGACAUAGAUGUUAAGAUCCAGAAAAUAAAGAGGGAGCAAUAGAGAAUAGUAUAGGAUGGGAGAUAACAUUGUAAAUUAAAUGAAGGAAAAAAAUGUGUACUACUUGUUUUCUGUAUUCUUUUUGUUUUGUUUUGGAUCAGAUCUAUCGAUGUCUAUCCAGUUGUGUUUGCCAUUUUGUGCCAUAAAUUUGAUUAUGACUUCAAGUAGCCACAUAGGAGACAUGUACAACCCACAAGAUUUUAGUCAUCAUGGAUGCUGUAAAUGCCAUGUAUCUUGCUUUUUCU